AUGGCUAUCUACUAUAUAAGCAAGAAGUUUACUCCAUACGAGUCUCGUUACAAUUUGUUGGAGAGAACGUGUUGUGCUUUUAUGUGGCUUGCCCAGAAGUUGAGACACUAUUUAUCAUCGUAUACUACAUAUCCCUUUUCCAUAAUGGAUCCAUUGAAGUAUAUUUUCCAGAAAGCGGUGCCGACCGGAAAGUUAGCGAAAUGGCAAAUGCUGUUGAUUGAGUUUGAUAUCAUGUAUGUGACCCAGAAGGCAAUAAAAGAACUGGCCUUUGUUGGUCAUCUUGCAGAAAAUCCCGUUGAUGAAGAAUAUGAACCACUUAAGACUUAUUUUUACGAUGAAGAAGUGUCGUUUGUGGGUGAGAAUAUUUCUGAAGCAUAUCCAGGUUGGAGAUUAUUCUUUGAUCGAGCGACAAAUCAUCAAGGUAAAGGCAUUGGAGCAGUCGUAGUGUCAAAAUCUGGUCAGCACUAUCCCAUGGCAGCUAAGCUCCGAUUUAAUUGCACAAACAACAUGGCUGAAUACGAAGUACAGUAUGCACAGAAAUUGUGCAAAAGAUUAUGUAAGAUCAAGUUCAGACAUACUCCUAGAAUACAGAACGAAUUGGCCGAUGAUCUUGCCACCAUCGCUUCGAUGAUAAAACAUCCGGAUUCAGAUUAUAUUGAUCCUCUGGAUAUAGAGUUUAAAGAACAUCCAGUCCAUUGUUUCCAUGUCGAAGCAGAAGCGGACGGCUUGCCUUGGUCUUUUGAUAUAAAGAAGUAUUUGGAGUUUGGGACUUAUCCUGAAGAUGCUACGUCCAACCAAAAGAAGUCGAUACGCCUUAUGGCUCUUAAUUUCUUUCUUAGUGAAGAAAUCCUUUGUAGGAGGACUCCAUAUUUGGGUCUUCUAAGAUGA